UGAUAGCACGAUACGAAGUAAUAUGACAUCGCUGCAACUGUGCGAAUUCAUUACUGCGAACUCGCUGGCAAUCACUUGUAUGCGCCGAGUCUAGCUUAUCCCGAUGAUCAAGUCAAUAUGGGUUCCAGCACUAAGAAAAAGAAUGAGAAGAAGAAAGACUUCCAGAAACCCAAGUUAAAAGUAGGAAAAGCGAAACCGAAGGCUUCCAAUUUCACAGAUACAAGUUUUAGAUCCAAAUCCAUUGUCUUACAGCAACAGCUCACGGAAAAUGCGCCGAAUCCAACGGAACGCUUCAAGCACACCCUAUCCCUUACCAGCUCCCGCUCAGAUACCCAACGCCGAGAUGCGCUUUCGUACCUAGCCGGUCAGCUAUCAACCAGUCCGCCGACAAAUCCGGUCGGUACGGCAACGUUACUACAGAAACUUCUUCCGAUCAUGUCGGAUUCAUCCGGACCCGUGCGCAACCAGUUGCUAAAGCUGUUGCGAAACCUUCCAGCAGACGAAGUCCGGCCGCACGUCGAGAAAAUCAUGCUGUAUAUCCGCGGAACCAUGACACAUAUCUCGCAGGAGAUCAAGGAUGACGGUCUGAACUACUUGGAAUGGCUCCUCGAGGUCGCCGGAGAAGACGUCGUCUCCAGCGCCGGGUGCUGGGUGAAGCCGCUCAGAGACUUCAUGUCAGUUCUGGGAUGGGCUAUCCAGGUCGCCCCCACCGCGGGGACGAAGAGCAGCGGGUGGACAUCUGCGCCUAGGACCACAUUUGGCGCCAAGAAAUACGGCCAGUCGUUCCCGCGACAGAUGCUGAUUCUGGCCAAGUUUCUAGAGAUGGGCUUCAAGCCGGGGAUGCCCAUACCUUGGUCUGACAGUGACCUGUCCAACAACAUAGGCUGCGUACCCCGUGUGCCAGACCCAUUCGGGUAUAUCGGCCUAUUCAAGCCUCCUCGCGAUGAAGAUGGUGAGAUCUAUCGCAACCGGGAGGACAGGCAAGAGAUUUUCAACAAGAGGUUCAUGGCUACUGUCGAGACUGGCGCGGACAUGGCCAAGAAGGAAGGAGGGAUGGCUGGAAGAGCGGCGGCGACGCUUGACCAGGUUCUUCAGGACGGCAUGGCGGAUUAUGAACUGAACACAAGAUUUGAUGACGAUGAGCACUUGUGGGAUGGCUAUAUGAUAUGAUUACUAGGUAGAUAUCCGGGCGCUAUUAUAUAGGUACAUAAUAUACCCUUGCAUAUAACUCGUAACAAGCACAACGCGUCCUUUUUUUGCCAGGUCUCUACCUAUGUAUAAAUACUUUAAUUUACA